UUCCGGUCCCCCGGUGGCUGAAGAUGGCGGCGCCCUGGGAGCUGCUGCUUAUAUUGGGUGUUUUCACGUCUGCGGCGGCGGCGACGGCGGGAAUCGGGGAAGUGGAGACUCGAGCAAAGCAAUUUUUCAGAAGUGGCCAUACAAAUAAUUGGGCCAUUCUGGUGUGCACAUCUCGAUUCUGGUUUAACUAUCGCCAUGUGGCCAAUACAUUGUCAAUUUAUAGAAGUGUCAAAAGACUAGGAAUCCCAGAUAGCCACAUUGUGUUGAUGCUGGCAGAUGACAUGGCAUGUAACCCUCGAAACCCAAAACCUGCCACCGUAUUCAGCCACAAAAACAUGGAGUUGAAUGUGUAUGGAGAUGAUGUGGAGGUGGACUACCGAGGCUACGAGGUUACUGUCGAGAAUUUUUUGCGAGUGUUGACAGGACGACUUCCUCCCAGCACUCCUCGAUCCAAACGUCUCCUUUCAGAUGACAGGAGUAAUAUCCUUAUUUAUAUGACUGGUCACGGUGGGAAUGGUUUCCUAAAAUUCCAGGAUUCUGAAGAAAUUACGAACGUUGAGCUGGCAGAUGCAUUUGAGCAGAUGUGGCAAAAAAGAAGAUACCAUGAAUUGCUUUUCAUCAUUGAUACCUGUCAGGGUGCAUCCAUGUAUGAAAAAUUCUAUUCUCCUAACAUUAUGGCUCUGGCCAGCAGCCAAAUUGGGGAGGACUCUCUUUCACACCAACCAGAUCUUGCCAUUGGGGUUCAUCUAAUGGACAGAUACACUUAUUAUCUCCUUAAAUUUUUAGAGGAUAUUCAUCCAGCCAGCCAGAACAACAUGGAUGACUUGUUCAAAGUCUGUCCUACAAGCUUGUGUGUUUCUACCCCUGGACAUCGGACUGAUUUGUUUCAGAGAGAUUCUUGGCGUGUUCUCAUCACAGAUUUCUUUGGCAGUGUACGGAAAGUGGAAAUAACUACUGAUAUCAUAAAACUAAAUCCGAAUGACACCAUAACUGAAUUGAGUCCAGAGCCAGAACAUCUGCCAACUGAAAAACUGAAAUAUGAUGAUCAGCUUUCUGUGCCACAGAUAAUUCAUCAGAAACCGAAACGGAAAGAAUGGCAUCCUCCAGAUGGAUUUAUCCUGGGACUAUGGACCCUAAUCCUCUUAGUCUUUUUCCAAACUUAUGGACUGAAACACCUUAAACAUAUAUUUUAAGAGGCUUAUUGAGCUUUCAGUGAGAACAAUUUUUCACCUUUGAAGAUGGAUUUAACUGCUGUUAAAAUGAGUUUGUGUUGAGUUAUUGUAUAUAUAAUGAUCACUUCUCAUGGCAUUUUUUUUGGGGGUAGCUAAAAAUGGGCGAUGGAAAUAACUGAAACGGAUAGAUUCAAGUGCUUCAUUUUCUUAAAAAAAUUACUUUAAAACAGGUUAAUAAUACAAUAAGUGGUUCAAAACACUUGUCAAUUGCCAGAUCUGUGGAAAUGAAAAGAUUGAGUUUAAAUUUCGGACGCAGUGAUAUUAUCACAUGAUUUCUUCCAAGGGGGGGGAGGGGCAAUUAAAAAUCAUGAUUUUUCUAGUAAAAAUAAUUUUGGUUAUACAGUCAAAUCUGUAAUGCAAAUAUUGUAAGCUGAAUACUUCAUGAGAGUCUUUGUGGUACAAUUUUUAUUUCUAUUAGUGAGCCUGACCAGAAUUCAUUUUUGCUGCUUGAAUGUAAAAUGACCCUUCAUUUACGUAAAUAGCACUUGUGUCAAAUGCACAUCUCUGAAUUGACUUUUCAGUAAUUGAAUCUGUGAAAUUGUUUUUUUUCCUCCACAGAAAACAAUGACAUUUGUAAAAUGUUUCAAUGGCUGAUUGCAUCUAUGAAAGCUAACCAUUUGGUGCUGGCAUCUUUCGAUCUUACUAUUUCUGUGAUUCCCCCCCCCC